UUGGGGGAGGAUGAGAUACACGUACCGAUUAGUGGCAUCUUUGAGGCGAACUCGCCUACUGAAUACGCUUUUAGAUUUGCCGUCUUUCAGCACAACCGUUGGCCCGGUCGACCAUUCCGGUUUGAGGCUAUUACAGCUGCCUUACAACACGCAACUCCACAGGCCGUGCUCAACACCAUCUGUCAUCAUGCUCGACUUGGCGUUGUAGCCAUUGUGCUUGGUCAGAUGACUGGCUGUUCCGAUUUGUUCCAGUUGGUAGCCGCAGUCGCCAAGGCUAUUGAGAUUGCAAUUUUCCUUCCAGAAACAAAUCCAGUCCCGAUGCCUCUAAGCGGUCUACAAUACAACUUAGCUCGUAAAGGACUCAAUAAGAAGAAAACAAAUCUUUUUGAUAAAAUUGGAGUAGAAGAUGGGGAGAUAAAUAGUGGAUCAAGUAAUAUAAAGUCAUUAAAAGGAACCGAAAGAAAUUCAGAAAUCGAAGGUUUAGAACCUAACAAUCCAUACUUAGUACAAAUGCGACCUUCCUUAAUUCAGCCUCUUACAGAUCUUCUGAUAGCUAAGAAUUGGACUAAAUUUUCAUAUGUUUGUACAAGCCCUGAAGGCCUCUAUCGUCUUGAGCGCCUUGUAGCAGCACUCCACUAUCGUCGAGAUUCAUUCAACCCAUUAGGUAUUGAUUUGCGUUACAUACCAUCCCUGGAAGCUGCUUCGAAAGAGCUUCAACGACUGGACGACCAUCUUAAGCGAAGGCCAGUCAAGCAUAUUGUGCUGGAUGUUGACCCUUUUUGGGACCGUCUGAUCGGACUCAAGCAGCCGAGUCUUAAUGGAAUAUUGGACGCUGGAUCAUUGGCAUACGGAGGGUUUGGACUGGGCAAAAGUACAUUUAAGCAAACAGGUAGUGCAUUUGGUAGUACUUUUGCAUCUAGUCAUACAGCAAACCUCGAUGGCAGGACAGGACUAUUUCGACAGCGAGCACGAAUUAACACUCAAGAGAUGUUAAAAGAGCUGGUCAUGCUUGGUAUGAAUCGCCGCGAGUAUCGCUACAUAUUGGCAGGUUUUGAAGUAGACCAUCUGCAGCUGGAUGGCUUUUUAUACUCCGGCGUGCAACUUUACGGAUUCCAGUUACUUGAUCAAGAGGUAGAAGCCUAA